AUGAGUUGGUCAGAUUCAGAAGAAAAGGUGCGAUUUGGUGCAAUGGUGAAGGAGAGGUCGAAGAACAAGAUGCUUGAGUGUAUGGAGGAGAAGGACUAUGAGGGAUUUCAGUAUGCGAAGAAACACUACGAGCAUGCCAAUCAGUACUUGGAUAACCUCUUCACUUCGGAGUUCAACAAGGUGGAUGCCUGGCAAACAAACGAUGAUAGCUCCAACGACAGCAGCUAA